AUGCCUCUUUUCGUCCUCUCUGAGACGAGCGUGGGCUACGCCCUCUUCAAAGCCAAGGACAAGAAGCUACUCGAUGAUGGCGAUCUGGAUUCCCGUCUGCAGUCUGCUGAUAAGAUCAACAAUGAGCUCAAGCUCAAGGAGAUUGUGAAAUGGGACAGCGCAGCACAGGGUCUUGAAGAAGUGGCUGGCCUUGUCGAGGGCAAGGUCACGCCAAUGCUGACCCAGCUGCUCGAGUCCAUUAAGGACGAGAAGAAGGUUUCUCUUGCUGUCUCUGACGCAAAGCUUGGCAGCGCCAUCAACAAGCUCCCUCAGUUCAACAUCACUCCUGUCGCCGAUUCUUCGACCACCGAACUCUACCGUAAUAUCCGUGCCCAUCUCACCGACCUCAUUCCUGGCCUGCAGUCCGAGAACAUUCGAUCGCUCGCCCUGGGUCUGUCCCACUCGUUGUCUCGCCACAAGUUGCGAUUCUCGCCCGACAAGGUCGAUGUGAUGAUUGUUCAGGCUAUCUCUCUGCUGGACGAUCUGGACAAGGAGCUGAACACGUACGCCAUGAGAGUGAAAGAAUGGUACGGCUGGCACUUCCCUGAGCUGGGCAAGAUCCUCAAUGACAAUCUCGCCUAUGCGCGUGUCAUUCUGGCCGUUGGUCUGCGCACAAACACAUCCAAGACCGACCUGUCCGACAUAUUGCCCGAGGAAAUUGAAACUGCUGUCAAGGCUGCCGCCGAAGUCAGCAUGGGCACCGAGAUCAGCGAGGAGGAUCUGCUCAACAUCAGCAUGCUGGCUGAUCAUGUCGUGCGGUACACCGAGGUCCGUCAGCAGCUGUCAAGCUACCUGGAGUCUAGAAUGAAGGCUAUCGCCCCCAACCUGACAGAGCUUGUCGGUACGCUUGUCGGCGCACGGCUUAUCGCCCACGCCGGCUCCCUCAUGAGCUUGGCCAAAAACCCUGGUUCCACCAUCCAGAUUCUUGGUGCCGAGAAGGCCCUCUUCCGUGCUCUCAAGACUAAGCAUGCCACCCCCAAGUACGGUCUGAUCUACCAUUCUUCCCUGGUCGGCCAGGCAACUGGCAAGAAUAAGGGCAAGAUCGCUCGUCAGCUUGCUGCCAAGACCGCUCUUGGCAUCCGCGCCGAUGCCCUGAGCGAGUGGGUGAACGAGGACGGUGAGGAGGCAGACGAGGAGGAGCGAACGGCGCUCGGUGUUGCUGCCCGUGCCAAGAUCGAGAACAACCUGCGCCGGCUCGAGGGCAGGCCGCUUGUUCCCAAGGGCAUUGCGGUGGGUCCCAAUGGUCAGGCUGCGGAUGCUCCCUCCAAGUUCGACAUCAAGGAGGCGCGGAAGUACAACAUCGAUGCCGAUGGCCUGACAGGAGAUGAGCCUGCGGCGGCUGAGCCUACGCCCAAGAAGGAAAAGAAAGAUAAGAAGGACAAGAAGGAGAAGAAGUCCAAGAAGGAGAAGCCUCUCAUCCAAGAGGUUGAUGAUGAGGAAAUGGAUGAUGCGCCGAUUUCGAACGGCACCAACGGCACAGCCAAAACACCCAAGAAGCUGUCCGAGGCCGACUAUGAAAAGUAUGCCGAGGCUGCCGGCAUCUCCGUGUCAAAGUUCAAGCGCAAGUAUGAGCGCGGUGACGUGGACCUUGCCGAGGACGGCACACCAAAGGUUCUCUCCAAGAAGGAGCUUAAGAAAUUGAAGAAGGCCGAGGAGAAGGAAGCCGGCGGCAAGCGGAAGCGUGGCGAGGAUGGCGAGGUGAAGCCCAAGAAGAAGAAGAAGAGCAAGGCAGACGCAUAAAUUGGUUUCCAGAUUCAUUGGUGACGGCGUUCCACCGGCUGUGGGGGAAAGUUGUAUGAUAUGCAGCAUCUUUCUCUUGGCAUCUUUCGGCUUGAGAGAUAUCCUCAGGGGCGUUCCUGGCGUGGCGGGCUUAUGUGGCUGGAUAGGUUUGCUGGGUCUUUGUAGAUCCCAAAUUUCAAAAUUCGGGCGGAUCUUAGUUCAAAUAUCAUUUUCUUAAAAUCU